GUGUGACGGCAGCUGUUAAAGGUUGCAGGUCUCUUCUUCUCCUCCUCCUGUCGCAGCAAGAGAGAGAGAGAGCAGUAAGCUGUGUCUCCUGACGAAGCUGUACCAUGAGACGCCUCAGCUUACCGUGUGCCGUGAUGCUGUGUCUGGCCUUAACAUCAGUACAGGCCAAGAUGGUAUUCUCAAGGAGUAACCAGGACAGUAUGGAGAUCCUACCUUGGGAUACAAGUGACGAGGACCAGCAACAGGUACUGAGGGUCUACCGGGAGUACCAGGUCACCAGGUCAUCACAUACCCUAGUAGACUCCAGGACACAUGUAGUCAACAUCAACCAGAAAUAUCAACUUAAAUCACGGAAUUUUCCUGAGUUGUAUCCACAAAUUUCUUCAUGAAGCUGAUCUUUAAGCCAGGACCAGGGGCAGAGAUACAGGUUGAGUGUCCUACGAUUCGUAUUGAACCCAGUAAGAGAUGUUUUAAGGACCGUCUCGUUACUUUUUUCGGGUCAAGUUUCCGUCGAGGUACAAGACGCUGUGGUCGUAUCAACAACUACAGGACGACCCGCCAGGGGAGGAUUAAAUUCGUCUUUAAAAGUGACGGCAACAUUGAGGGGCGUGGCUUCCUGUGUUUGGUCAGGGGCGUUCCAUUGCCAAUUCCAACCACCUCCACCACUACCAUCAUGCCAGGGUGUCACUCACUACUCGACCCUUCAACACCUAAGACAGUCUCGAUGUGCAGUGACCUAGAUCCAAUGUAUUCAGAAAACUGCAAUUGUACAGAGUGUGGGGAUAGACUCAUUCUCAAGUGCGUCUUCUGCACCAAAUGUGACUUCAACUUUUUUGCUGCUCAUUCCUUCACCCCCAAGUUGUUCCUCGAGGCCCAAUUCAACUGUUCCUAUUGGAUGGAUGUGAGGGGUCUGUUCUACGGCGCUGCGGGUCAAGUGGAUGGACUGAGGUUCUGUGUGGAUCAGGAUAUAACCCAUGUGGAUAUCCCCUUUGAUGAGUUAUCCAGCCUGAGGGGCUUGUAUUAUGAGGACUGCAGUAUCAACACCACCAGAUCGUGUACGUAUGACCCGUGUGCACCUUCAGGAGACGUGUGUACGCUGACGAAGGGAGGAGGCAAGACACCUUCAAUCUCUGACGUGAAUUACAGUCUCACUCUCCCUUCCAGCAGUGAUCUUCCUCUCCUCCAAGAACUCUACAUCGCUGAGGCCAUCAUCGUACUGAACAACGCUACCUUGGGAUUUCCUACCCUGAAAAAACUGUGUGUGAAUUCCCAAGACGCCCAGGUGUCCCCGUGUGCACUAAGUGGCCUCACCUCCGUCCAACAGGUGUUCGUAGAGCUUUGUCAGGCCAAUUUAGACAACGAGAACUUCAAAAUAACAUCUCCUUCACUCGACUGUCUAGAAAUAGUCGACAUGUGUACUCACUCCAUAAAGAAAUACUCUAUUAGUCUCGAGGCAGGAUGUAACCCAACUAAAACCACUGUCACCAUCACCACGGAGGAGGAUUACAUUAAGUAUAUUCCUAAGUGCCCCUUCCUGACUCUGUUGAAGACGGGGUGUGUGAAUGUGAACUGGAACUCAAAGACAGAGUGCAGGUCGUGUGGGUUCUUCUGGGCCUGGAGUUUGAUUCCCUCAGAACUCAACUGUAUACACAGCCAAUGCCACGAUCUCCUCACCGAUACCGUGAUGCCCUUAACAACCUACGUUAACACUCAUGCCCUUGAAGACUCCUGCGAUUAUCCUGUGGUGCCCUGUUGAGUAUCCUUCCACCCUACACCACCCUGAAGGACUUCUGUGGUGGCCUGUUGAAUAUCCUACCAUCCUGCACAACCACCAAGUAUCCUACGCCCCCCUGAAGGAAUCCUGUGAUAUCCUAUUCAAUAUCCUGCCAUCCUACACCCCAGAAGAACCAACCUGACUACUGUAUCCAACUGUAUUUCAAUCUAGUCACUGUAUCAGCUGUAUAGAUGAGGGAAGAAAACUACUGUAUUCCUUGUAUUAAUAUUGUACCUUCUUAUUACUGUAUUACAAAACUAGGCACUGUAUUAGCCUACUGUAUUAUAGAGUGGAGUACUGUAUCAACCUAUUGUAUUAUAAGUAUUGUUUCCACUGCCUUAUUA